AUGGCGCCAGACCUCGGCCGCUCGCACACGCCCGCCCCGCUUGCAGCCGCCGCGCACACACAUACACCCGGAGCCGCUGACGGAGCCUACGCGGGGCUCGCCGGCUUCUCCGACCCGCCGCCCCAGCAGCGGCAGCAGCACAAAGGACAGCAGCCGGAGGAAGAGGAGGAGAUGUCGCGGGUGCUGGUAAUCGCCGCCUGGUGCUUUCUGCAAGUGGAGAGCCGGCAUCCUGAAAUCAUCACGAGUAACAGCAACCACGGCAAUUUCCUGGACAACGACAAGUGGCUGAGCACCGUUUCGCAGUAUGAUAAAGACAAGUACUGGAACAAAUUCAGGGAUGAUGAUUAUUUCAGAAACUGGAAUCCAAACAAGCCUUUUGAUCAAGCCCUUGAUCCAUCCAAGGAUCCAUGUUUGAAGGUGAAGUGCAGCCCACACAAAGUGUGUGUCACCCAUGACUAUGAAACCGCUAUUUGUGUCAGCCGCAAGCAGCUGGUGCACAGCAUUCGACAAAAGAAAGGAACCUUGGCUCAGAAGCACUGGACUGGACCAGCCAGCAUAGUGAAAUGCAAGCCUUGCCCCAUGGCACAUGCCAGUGCUGUCUGCGGGUCUGAUGGACAUACUUACACCAGCAAGUGCAAGCUGGAGUUUCACGCCUGCACUUCUGGCAAAGCCAUCACAGCGCGAUGCGAAGGGCCCUGUCCCUGCAGUCCAGGACCUGAAAGUUCAAAACACAAGAUGGAGAAGACUGCCUGCACAGACAAAGAACUGCGGAAUCUCGCCUCGCGGCUAAAGGAUUGGUUUGGGGCUCUUCAUGAGGAUGCCAAUCGUGUCAUCAAGCCAACGAGCUCGGAGACAGCACAAGGCAGAUUUGACACCAGCAUACUACCAAUCUGCAAGGAUUCCUUGGGCUGGAUGUUCAACAAGCUUGACAUGAACUACGACCUGCUGCUGGACCCCUCGGAGAUCAGUGCCAUCUACCUGGAUAAGUACGAGCCGUGCGUCAAGCCCCUCUUCAACUCCUGCGACUCCUUCAAAGACGGAAAGCUUUCCAACAACGAGUGGUGCUACUGCUUCCAGAAGCCAGGAGGUCUUCCUUGCCAGAAUGAAAUGAAUAGAAUUCAAAAGCUAAGUAGAGGGAAGAGUCUGUUGGGUGCUUUCAUCCCCCGGUGCAAUGAAGAAGGUUAUUACAAAGCCACUCAGUGCCAUGGCAGCACGGGGCAGUGCUGGUGUGUGGAUAAGUAUGGCAAUGAGAUAGCUGGCUCCAGAAAGCAAGGGACAGUUAGCUGUGAAGAAGAGCAAGAAACCUCAGGGGAUUUUGGCAGUGGUGGAUCUGUUGUGUUGUUGGAUGACUUGGAAGACGAACCUGAAACAGCAAAAAGAGAUGAAGAAGGGAAGCUGAAGGUUCAUGUAAGAGCAGCUAAUGAAGAUGAUGAAGAUGAAGAUGAUGAUAAGGAUGAUGAAAUUGGUUAUAUAUGGUAGUGCCCAUAAGAAUGAGGACUCAUGUUUUGCACAAUGUUGCAAGUCACAUCAUAUCUCUGCAAUUGUAUCUGAGAGUACCUGGCACAAAUAUUCCCUCUCUACUGAGUUUAAUUUUGUAUAGUCUAUUUCAUUUGGAAGAGAACUUUUUUUUUCCAGCAAGGACUGUUUGGAAUACAGCUUUUGUUCUGUUGGCUUGGGGGAUUUGCUUUCUAUCCACAGGGGCAAUGAGUUUUGUUUCCAAAGCAUUUCAUGUCUCAAUCCUCACUCGCACAGCUCAUGAAAUAGAUCCUGUGAAAGAAGAAUCACAGAAGGGGCUCAAGAUACCAACACAAGGCUUAGAAGCCCUUCUCGUGCUAGAGAAUGUGUGUCAUAAAUUGUUACCUGCAUCAUAUCAGAAACAGUUCUUUUUCUUUCAUGAAGAAGGAAAAGUAGGUGCCUCAUUUUCUAGUCCAUAUUUAUUAUGUUCCACUUAAGUCUCUUUGGAUAGUGACUUCUGGCUGCCCAGCACCAGGGCUUUAAUCCAGAAAGAAACCCACUGGUGGGAUUUUCUCUUCCUUACAUUCUCUGAGUCCUACAGGCUUACUCCAGCCUACUCUGAAGGCAAAGCUCCCACCAGAGCAUGGAUCAGCUGACUGACACUCUUUGAUUGAGGAACAUGGCCUUGAUCUUAAGAGAUGCUCAGACCCUGCAGCUAUGGUGGACCCUACAGGCAGGGAACAGAGUCCAUCUGCCUUUUAAAGUGUUUAAGGAAAGAGUGGUUUAUGAAUUUGUAGCAUCAAAACCAUCUCCACAGCUGCUCCUCAGCUGCUGUCUGAACUCAUUGACACUGCAUUAACAUCAUGCCAACAGCCUCUGCUUCCUGCUCACACACUAUGGAUCUGCCUGGUCUUCAUGUACUCUCAGCAAUCCCUCAUUCCAAGGUUAGAAAGCUGUCAAAGACACCAGACAUCAAAAGUAAUAAGCUGCCAUUUCUUUAAUUUAAACAGUUGAUACUUAUUUGGCCUGGUGGAACAGAAAAGGCAGCUUUGGGUGGUCAUGCUUCAGAAGCCAAACCCCUUGGCUCAGCGUGACAAGCUCAUAAUACCCACCCAGGAAUUACAAUGCAAUCUGUGCCACCCUCAGCAUCUCCCCUCUGUUCACAGCUCUUCGCUUGUGUCACAGCAUGUUGACAUCCACUUGUUUGCUGUCUCCUUUCCCACUGCAGCUCUCUGAUGCAGUAAUGUACUGUGUGACCUUUCAUUAUUUUUUGCUGCUCUCAGAAACAGUAAAAGGCACCUUAGCCCCCUUACCUCUUGCAUUAGGAUGUAGGUACAAGGAUUUUAGCAGUGCCUGGGAGUUAAUCUGUGGACUGAAAAAUGUGCUUAUUACAGAGAAAACUAAUUAGAUUUGUGGGUUUAUUUCCUGUGAGCUGGCAUUUGGUAUAGAGGUGAGGAGAGUAUGGUGUCAAAACAUGUCUAGCUUCAUAUGCUUGAAAGCAGAAACACACCACUCUGGUUGGCAGAAGUCAGUAUUUUUAGGGACACUAGUCUAAGAGCUGUGGUCCUCAGCCCACUCCAAAGUAAGUCAACUGCAGGUCUUUUCAGCCCUUUUCCCCCACAAUGAAGGACCUCUGCUUCCAGAUAUGAUCAGAAGAUCAGUAGAGAAGAGGAACACCUUUCACACACUGUGUUGCAGGGGCUCAGUUCUUUCCUCCUUUUUAUUUCCUAUUUAUCUGAAUGGGCUGAGAACAAAGAGCAAGCCUGCUGGUAUUAAUGCAGCAGGAUGUGUAAAAUCAUGAGAAAUUUGUGUUGUUUCGUGUCCCCUCAUCCUCCCCACACUCUGCCAUCACAGUCAUUUGCAAAAGACCUGAGAACCAACCUGCUUCUCAACCCUUUGAGUUUCCUGGAGCUUUUGAGAAUUUAUUUCUAAGUCAUUGUCCAUGAGCUGCACAGCUCUCGCUUGCUCUCUUUCUCUCUCUCACACACACACAUUUUGCCUACUUACCUUUCAUGGGAAAUGUUGCUGACUUGCCAGAGGAACAGCUACCAGCAGCAUUUCUCUUUCCCUGAGUAGUAUGAGUUCCUGAGAAGCAGUUGGACACCAUCAGUAGCCUGCAUCUCAGGCAUUGUGACUGGUUUCCUUCUGGAAGUUCAUUAAUUAAACCCCUAGUCUCUGGUUCUAGCUCUGCUGUCCUGUGUGGGACCUGCCUAGGGCACAGAGUUCACUCUGGCAUUAACCUGAGCUCCACAAUCAGGAGAGUUAUGCUUCUCCUCCU